UAAACACAAAGAUGGCCGAACAGAGCAGUGAAAACCGAAAGCAACGUUCCCGUUCAGAUUGUCUUAGUGAAUUUUCAAUAUAUUUGACUGAAGCUUUUAUGCUUAUGAAAGAAUUCAAAUGGCUAUCCAAUUCUUAUGUAGCAGAAUUCUUCACUCAAGGUUUAUGGCAAAAGCUACCACACAGUUGGAGAGAAUGCUUGAAAAAAGUGACUUUAGAAGAAGUUGCAGACAAUAUUUUGCAUGACAACAACAAUGCAGUGUUUAGAUUUGUCUGGCCUCUUUCGUUACUCUCUUUUAUUGCUGCCUGUCAUGCUCUGGCACUGAAUAGAAAUCAAAAAAAGUUUAUUGGUAAAAGCGGUGACUACAAACCAGACGAAGAUCUUUCCAUGAUGUUUAAAAAACAUAUCAAACCAAAAAAGAGGCAUGAAUUGUCUGUUUUACCUCAGGUUAUAAAUACUGUUUGCAAAGAAACAAAAACAACCAAUGUCGUGGAUGUUGGUUCAGGUUUAGGUCAUUUAUCACGAAUGCUGGCUUACAAAUAUGGCUUGAACGUCGUUGCUGUAGAGAUGGCUGGUCAAAGACUACCGGUUGCUGAAAAAUUUGACAAAGAAAUUGAAGAAGAGUUAAAAAGACUGAAUAAAAAGGAUGGAGUGACAAAUGGAUAUGGUGAUGUCACACACAUUGCAAGAUGGAUAGAACCAGACAUAUCAACAGAGGAGUUUGUUAAACUAGUCUAUGGUAAUAAUGGUGGUGCACAAAUUAGUCUUAAUAACUUCACAGAUACGAAAGAAGAAGUUAUAGACACACCGGCUCAUCUCGAAAACAUGGAUGGAAGUAGACACUGCGUUCUAGUUGGGCUGCACACUUGUGGUGAUUUAGCCUCCACCAUGUUGAAAGUGUUUAAAAACACUCCAUUGAUACGUGGGAUUGUAUCUGUGUCAUGUUGUUACUUUCGAAUGUCUUUAAAGGAGGAUUCGAAUAAUUCAACCUGUGGUUGUAGGGCUUCGUUUACAUUGAGCUCUUUUUAUCAGAAUAUUAAAAAUGUACAAAAUAGGAAUGAUGAGGAGACUAAUUCAGUAUUCAGUAUUGUCAAUCCCACUAUAUCAGAAAAUGUAUUGAAUUCACAUUUCAAGAACAAUCUUUCAUCAAAUUACUUAAAAAAUUAUUUUAACAAAGAUGGCGUCACUCAAGGCUGUAAUCAAUGUAAUUGCCAUUUCAAAUGUGGCAGGACAGAAGGUGAAACAGAUUGUGGAUUUCCAUUGUCAAAAUUCCUAAAGAGAUUGCCAUACCAACCAUUGCAAUACAAAAGUUUUGAAACUGCUUGUCAUUUUGUGGAGGAUUAUGCAAAGAAACUUCUUAAUCACAGUCCCAACCUGAAAUUACACUGUUAUCGAGCAGUCAUGGAAGUUUUUAUCCGCCAUGUUGAUCCUAGUCUAGUACUGGCACCUGUACGAUGUAAAAAGAUAAAAAAUGCAGCCUCCAUGACUUUUGUUGAAUAUGCAGAGAAAGUGUUCGAGCGAUUGGAUAAAGUUUUUGAUCCUAAUUUACUAAAAGAUAUCAACUAUGAAGCGUUGUUGUCACAGUGGAAAAACGUCACCAUUUAUCAUUCUCUUGUUCUUUUGCUUGGUCCGGUGAUUGAAAGUAUAGCGCUGGUUGACAAAGUCAUGUAUCUGCUUGAAGAAGGUAUAUUCGUCUUAAUUUCCUUGUUGGUGUAAAUUCGUUUAAGAAUAAUGUCAAUUGUGAAGUCUAAAGAAACGUUAGUAAAUAAUGACGGACCACCAUGGACGUGAUAAAAAGUCACAUUUGGUUGAACAUGCACAGAAAUCUGGCCACCAAAGUGUCACCAUAGACGAUUUUGAAAUUCUAUCUGGUGGCUAUAGAAACAAUAAAUUCAAAAGAAAUUUGGCAGAAGCAUUACAUAGUAAGCACGUUAAACCAACCUUGAAUGUUCAAGAACAAGCAGUGCCAUUGAAAUUGUUGAAUUAGGUCGUUAUUUUUUAUUACUGUUUUUAUAUAUUAUAUAUGUAUCCAUAGAAACGCUUACUUACUGUAACACUUUAAUUUUUAAUUUGUGAAAAAUAUACACUCUGGUGAUGUCUACUGGAAUGUGUA